AUGACAUCCAGAUCACGGUCUCUCGAUCCAUCUGCUCCUCAAUACAUCGACAGUCGAGUCGAAGAUCCGGUGCUCAUCCCAUCAACGCACGAUUUAUUCUCGAGAUCAAUCACUGCUGCAUCGAAUUACGAACAGUUUUCCCGAACACCAUCAACUACUAUAGAACCUCACGUUAUUAGAAAUCGCGGCUUGCCCGAUACUAACAUUACCGAUUCAGUUCAAUCACGAAGAGAUAGAAACAUCCUACGUGAUCCAGUCGGACAAAAUAUACCGAGAUCAAUCACUCAUGAUAACUAUAAUUUCACUAAGCAAUCAACUCGUACAUCGACACAUCCUGUACCUAAUCAAUAUAAUACACCAGUAGAGACAAAUAAGCUGCAAUCCAACUAUGAAAAUACACAUUUACCUAGGAGGAAUCAAUUACAAACAACAAAUAUAGAACCGCUCAAGAAACAACAACCACCACAAAAAGCACCAAAACCCGUCGAAGAUGUUCAGCCAACAAGUGGAUAUUGGAAAACAGGAACCUUAUUCAAUAGUAAAGGAAUCGUUGCUAUCGGACCAAUUGUCUACGAUGAAGAUUCUUAUGCAGGUCCUUUUGGGUUAAAUCGUGUGGGUACAUAUAUAUUUUACAUUGGCAUGGGUGUCUUCACACUUUUAGCAGGUGUCUUUUUAUUGAUGACUGCUGUUUUCUAUAGUCAAAAAUAUCCCGAUCCAAACACGAACGCCGGUACAUUAGCUGGUGUGGUUGUUUGUGCGUUUGCAUUCUAUCUCGGUUUUCAACUAAUCCUAAUCGGUUUGUACACACAAAAAUAUCGACAAGAGCAUCCGAAAAAGCGAAUUCCACAUAAAAAACCGCGAUUGGUCUAUACACCAUUUGGGUACUACUUGUAUCCACAAUAUUUCGCAGAUGUUAAUGAACAACUGCAUAUGCAAGGAUACGGAUUGUCCAAUAAUGAACAAAUUGUCAAAUCUGAGCAAACGACAAAACCUGUAGAAGUUAAAUCCGUCAAACAUGAAGUCAAAAAACCUGAAACACGAGUCGAAGUAAGCCAACAGUCAGUUGCACCGCCACGACCAGAAUUCUACUUUCUACAAUCGAUACUCACGGAUUCCAAUGAAAAUUUACCAACUGUGGCAGAAAAAGUAGAUGUAACAUCAACAACUGAAACAAAGAAAACAACUGAAAAAUCUUCCACUGAAACGAAUCAAAAAUUGAAAAAAACGAACGGAUUGCAAACAAUCGAAAACAAGACAGUCCCACCAAUGCCAACUAAUCGUCAUGAACAAGUAUCUGUCACUCGUCGUACUGUAAUGGCUGAACCUCGUCAAACGUCGGCAACUCCGUCUACUAUUGUCAAGUCAAACGAAGCUACAGCAGGAGAGUUACUAAGAGAAAAUAUAUAUGAUGACCAUAAUAAUGCUGCUGAUCGGCGAAUAAAAAUGAGAAAGAACAGAAUAUCCUCAUCGAAACUAGCCUCAAACGCUUUUUACGAUGAUUAUGAUGAUUAUGAAUAA